GUUCUUACGCUUUGUGUGAAAUGGUAACAUGCAUUCGCGUAGUUGUCAUGAAUCCUCUUUGUUUGUUAAGAUUGGGGCGCGCACCGCAAUAUAAAGAGGUAAUCAAGGCCACGAACCAAGCAUCAAGCUGAGCGCGAUCAAUCUCUCAUCACUAGGAAGCCGUUAUUCGUCAUGCUUUUCAAGACAUUCUCCCUGCUCAUCUCCGUCGGGCAAGCAAUUCAAGUCUUAAGAGGAAGCGCUCCGCAUGCCACCUCCUCGAACGACGAUACCACACCGAUUCCGGUGAACGGAACUCUUACUUCCUUCAGCGUUCUCGAAGGCAGUGGUUGCCCUGCAGGAAGCUACCACGCGCAGCCUAUCGAGCCGGGCAAGUCGCUUAACACUUACGUCGACGUUGAUCCUAGCAUCUUCUUCUUCAACAGCACAACCACCCCUGCUCCAGUCACGUGCACGCUCAACAUCAAUUUCGAGUUCGUCUAUCCCGAGAAUGGACAGGCAGAGCUUUUUAUCGGCGCUUUCGCGAGCAACGACAUCAAGUUUGAAGAGGGGGACACUGUUAGAGAAACAAACUUCAACGUGCAAGUCGACAUGCUGGCGACAGCGGGAGCAGAAGAACUCGACGGUGGUCUCAUCUGGACAAGGAUCAUAGAUGAAGGUCCUAUGGUUGCUCAGGUCGGUGUUGGUUUGGUCCCCGUAGGGACACCUGGGGAGGUUGGCGUUGGAACGUUCCAGGCAGCGAUUAGCAUCUCUACCACCUAUGGUCCAGGAGAAAUCUCGUUGUCUCGCCUUGACAUAGGCUUUGGGUUGUAAAACCCGGGGCGUUGAUGGUACC